AUAAAAUGUUGGGCGUGGAGGGUACUUUCCGUGCGUCAUGUUGGCCGUCUUGAAAUGAAAGUGAUUAGUCGAGGAAUCCGUCUCAAUAAUUUUGACUGAUACAAGAAUUAGUCAUCGUUUGUUAAAUAUGUGAGACGAAGGAUUACGUUAAAAUGGCAAAAAGUGGUCAAGAGGUUGUUUUCGAAGGCUGGUUAACGAAAUCGCCCCCGACGAAACGUAUUUGGCGAGCGAGGUGGCGGCGACGAUGGUUUUCCCUCAAACAUUCCGGAGAGAUUCCAAACCAAUUCAUACUAACCUAUUAUGCGGACAGAAACUGCAGAAAACUGAAAGGGUUUAUUAAUUUGGACGACUGCGAGCAAGUUGACUUGGGGCUGAAGCUAGACGAGCGAAAGCUCAAGUUUGACCAUGUUUUCGAUAUUAAAACACCGACACGUACUUAUUAUCUAGCCGCGGACUCCGAAAGCGAAAUGAAAUCGUGGGUCAACUGCAUCUGCAAAGUCUGCGGCCUUAAAUCGACCAGCGAUGAGGAAGACCUGCAUGUGUCAGACACCCUUGACAGGGACAUAACCUUCUGUGAGGAAAAAGACGACAAGAGUCACGCAAACAACGAAACCCCUCCCGUAUCACCAGUCAGUACUAGUCCCUACAUCCCGAUCUCGGAAUGCAUUACGGGGAAAACCCCAAUUUUAACGCCCCAGGAUUUCAAGGCCCUCUUGCAACAAAACAUGAAAAAUAAUUUAACACACAUGAAUCAGACUUAUGGCAUUUCGCAGCGAAAUUAUCUAAACUAUGUGAACGAUAUGCAGGAUCCACGUUUUUACGACAGUCCACGUGUACUUUCGCCCAAUCAGGACGCCAACAAUAAGAAAAAUAUUUCCCCGUUACAGAGCCCCACAGACACGGAAAGCAUUUUUACUGAUGACGACAUGGCCGAUGUUAACGUUGUGGUAAAACAGAAAUUCACCAAAAGUAAAAUACAGGCGCCGCCAAGGCCACCCAAGUCAUCACAUGUGGCGCCCUCUACCUACAUCAACCUCAACAUCAAAAACGAGGGCCACGACGAGGACAAGAAACCGGUCCAGGGGGUUAUAACCGACGACAUGUACGAUUUCCCCCGCUCGCAUCAGAUCACAGAAGCCGAAACUGUCCGAAACAUGUUACUCCGGAGGCAUUGCUACAAUAAUGCGGCUCCGGCUAAGGUCGAGGGCCAAAUUUUCCGGUACGAUAUUUCCCCCAAGCCGUCUACGAGCACGAAUCAGGUGUUCCGGUACGACGCUGAAGACAUCGGGGACGAGCCGGCGUCCCCCUUGUCUCAGAGCUCCUCCACGACGGCUUACUCCAACCUCCCGAGCCCCCUUUUGUCCGACAAUCAGCUAAUGCCCCCUCCCAUAGUCAACCGAGACCUCAAGCCGAAACGGAAGCUCUCCGAUUCGCUCUCCUCGUCGUCCAAUCCCGAGCCGUCCUCGCCGCGAGGAGCGCCGUCUGUCGACCGGAAAUUGAAGCCGCCGACUCCGCUCCAGGAUGCUCGGAAGGUGAAACUGGAUGAUAAGAGUCCGACGGGGCGGAGGCGCGCGGCCCCGAGCCCCACGAUGGGGCUGGGGAGGUCCCAUGAGAGUCUGCUUUCGCAGAGUAACCAGGAGGAGCAGAUUUAUCAUUAUUUGCCCGUCAAGAUGCAAUAUCUCGAUUUGGAUUUGGAUUGCGGGCCGAAUUUGAAUUCGAGUACUGAUAAAGUGCCGUCGAAGUCUUCGGGGGCCAACACCGUUUAUAAAAAGGUCGAUUUCGAGAAAACCGAGGCGUUUAAUAUUACGAGGAACAAUCUGGAGAAGGAGCGCAAAGAGCCGAUUUUUAAGAAGUGAUGGUGCAAUUUUUAUCACUAGAGUUUUUGAUAAAGCUUUAAUGUUGUUUUAAUUAAGUGGCCAUCUUAUGAAUUUCAUAUCAUGUAUUAUAUUAGACUAAUAUUUUUCUAUUCUAUUUGUCUUGAUAAGGGUGUAGAUAAGUCUUACAAAUUUUAAUGUUGUUAUACAAAACCGACUACGGAAUAAACAUAGUAUUACAAAA